AUGACUGUGGAGGAGGCGGCAGAAGCCACUGCGCGGCGGCAACAUGCGCAGGAAAGCGAGGUGACGCAGAAGGUCUUGCGCCUGGUGCUGACCCGCCUCGCAGAGGAUCAGGACUGGGGCGUGCGGAAGGUGGCGCUGAGUGCGGCGGCCGAGAUGGCCGGGCGAGGUGAGCCGGAGACCUUGAAGGCUAUCGAGCCCUACCUCUGCGACGGCGACGACGAUGUCCGCGCCGCGGCGGCGAGCGCGGCGGGGCGCUUGGCGCCACGCGGGGAGGAGGUGUGGCUCAGCAAGCUUUUCAAGCUGCUCGAUGACGAUGAUGAGGCUGUCCGGCAGGCGGCCGUGGUGGCAGUGGGCCGUUUGGCUCCGGGCUCGGCGAGCCACGGGAAGGCUGUCCAAAGACUGAGGGAGCUGGCGGAGGAGGAAGAAGAUGAGCCUUGUUGGAUGAGGAAGGGAUUGACAGACCUGUUCCUACUGACCUAUGUAUUUGGGAGAACGGUGCGCUCCGCGCUUCGAAUCACGCUCCGCACAUCAGAUCAGAACACGCGGACAACGAACACGGCGCGUGGUCGUUUCGUGGUAGGCCCGUGCAACGCAUUGUUGUACAACAAACAGCUCCAGGAGCUCUACGGCUUUUCGAACAUCAACACAGGUGAAUGGACUGAUGGCUUGGCCUCGAACUCAGCUGUUCGAGGAGGCGAAGCCAGUGGCGAAGGGCGGAAAAUCCAGGAUGUGGCCCUCCUCGUCCGUGAAGCGGUGAGUGAUACCUCCGAGAACAAGAAGUGGGUGCUCUUCGAUGGUCCUGUGGAUGCCAUUUGGAUUGAGAACAUGAACACGGUGCUGGACGACAACAAGAUGCUUUGCUUGGCCAAUGGUGAACGCAUCAAGUUACCGCCCACCAUGACCAUGCUCUUUGAAGUGCAGGACCUCAAGGUCGCCUCCCCUGCGACCAUCAGCCGCUGUGGCAUGGAAGACUCACAUCGCAGCCUGAGCGUUCCACCUCGAGCCAAGACGACCAUGAUGAGGCACGAGGAUCUCGAGAAGCACAGGGCUGACUAUGCGACUUCGUUGUUGGCUCGAGCAGCCGAAACCUUCUCUUGGCCUGUGACCCAGACGGAGACUCUGGGUAGCCACGGGCAUCCUGAGAUUUGCGGCAAUCCCUGCAUCCGAUUCUUUUACGGGAACUGCCAGAAGGAGACCACCAAGAAGAAGCUGGACAAAACACAACGGCUGUGCUUCGAGUCCUUGUCCGAGGCGCAGACACUGUCAAUGCUGCUCAACCACAUGGAGAUGCGAUGCCGGAAGCAAAAUCUCACCGCACAGAUGAGCCUGGUCUUGGCCUGCAUGCGCAGGCGUUUGAAGGCACUUCCAAAGCACGAGCAUGUGACACCUGCCGCUUGGCUUUUCAAGCAGUUUGGGCAGAAGGAGAUGGUGGCAAUUUUAUCAAAGAUCUUCAAGAAGCUCACCCUGGGGCGCUUGCUGGACCUCAUUCGGUCAAGCCGCAAUGUCCCCAACGCCUUUAAAGCUGAGCUUUUGGCCGUUGCGGCGCUCGCGGUGGGACGGCCCAUCCCUGCGGGCGAUGAAGCAACGAGCGAGAACUCGCUGUGA